AUUCAGUCAUAUUCUAUUUGAGUCAAAUCAAGGACCGUACAACUUGGGAUUCAUAACCUUAACAUCCAAAAACCUAGCAAAUAUAUAUCUCUCUCCCUCUUUCUCUCUCUUUCUCUCUCUUUGCAACUCAUCUUUAAUUCAUGCGUUAAUGGCAGACUCAGUUCAUAAUACCCAUCCCCAAAAGCGCCCUCACGCCAUCUUCAUCGCCUACCCUCUCCAAGGCCAUGUAAUCCCAUCCGUCCAUCUAGCCAUCAAGCUUGCCUCACGUGGCUUCAAGAUCACCUUCAUCAACACCCACUCCAUCCACCACCAAACCUCCAAAGCCCAACCAGACUCCGGCAGCGAUCCCUUUGCCUACGUACGUGAGUCCUCCGGGCUCGACAUAGACUACACUACGGUCUCAGAUGGCCUCCCCGUGGAGUUCGACCGGUCCCUCAACCAUGACCAGUUCAUGGCUUCUUUGUUGCAUGUGUUUUCAGCCCACGCGGAGGAGGUCGUUGGAAAGGUUGUUAAGUCUUCGGCUAACACCACACCGGUUACUUGCAUAAUAGCUGACACGUUCUUCGUGUGGCCGUCCAAGAUUGCCAAGAAGUUUGGGCUGCUUUAUGUUUCUUUCUGGACAGAACCUGCUUUGGUUUUCACUUUGUAUUAUCAUCUUGAUCUCCUUCGGAAGAAUGGCCAUUUUGCAUGUCAGGAUGUGCGCGAGGACACCAUAGAUUACGUACCAGGAGUGCGAGCAAUCGAACCAAAGGACAUGAUGUCAUUUCUGCAGGAGACUGAUACAACAUCUGUGUGCCACCAUAUCAUUUUCAAUGCAUUCAAGGACGCCAGAGGUGCACAUUUCCAUCUGUGCAACACAGUGCAGGAGAUUGAGGCCGAGACCAUAUCAGCCCUGCAAGCCAAGACGCCAUUCUAUGCUAUUGGACCCAUUUUCCCUUCUAAAUUCAACAAGAAUGUCGUGGCUACGAGCCUGUGGUCCGAAUCAGACUGCACCCAGUGGCUCAACACCAGGCCCCAGGGCUCGGUCUUGUAUGUCUCAUUUGGUAGCUAUGCUCAUGUUUCCAAAAAGGACCUUAUAGAGAUUGCUAAUGGGCUUCAUCUUAGCAAAGUGAACUUUGUCUGGGUGCUUCGGCCCGAUAUUGUGAGCUCAAAUGACACCGAACCGUUGCCGGCGGGCUUUAGAGAGCAGGUUAAGGACCGGGCCAUUGUCAUACCUUGGUGCUCUCAAAAGGCGGUCCUGACCCACCCGGCUAUCGGAGGGUUCUUGACUCACUGUGGAUGGAACUCAACGUUGGAAAGUAUUUGGUGUAGUGUCCCAAUGUUGUGUUUCCCUUUACUUACUGAUCAAUUCACCAACAGAAAAUUAGUGGUUGACGAUUGGAAGAUUGGGAUCAACUUAUGCGAUCGAAGGGCGGUCAGUAAAGAGGAAGUUUCGGAGAAAAUCAACCGUUUGAUGGAUGGAAAAUCAAGGGAUGAAUACAGGAAAGCAGUUGUCCAGGUCAAGAAGACAUUGGAGGAUGCAUUGACACCCAACGGAUCAUCAGAGAAAAAUAUGGACAAUUUUAUCAAGGCCCUAAAGGCCAAGAUGUGACUGUAAAUAUGGGCCUCUAUGACCCAAAAGAUGAAACUUUUUCCUUUCCAAACCUUGUUUUUUUUUUUUUUUUUAUCUUUCUGUAUAUACUACUCCUAUGUCUUUGUUUAUUGGCUAAAGGUUUGGCUGCCUUAAAAUAGAUGUUGUAUAUACUCCUAUGUAAA